AUGCUUACAUACAGUUUGUUGAUCUUAGUAGUAUAUCUAGUACUAGUAGUACUAUGUUACGCACAAAAUUUUAAGGGUUUGUCAUAUGGUGAGGUUUGCUCAAAAUCAACAAAAGUGCAUGAAUCGGAUUUGUAUAGAGGAAGAGAUCAAGGGGAUCCUUCAGUGAAUUGUAAUUAUACACACCUUUUCAAUUUAUUAAAGAAAAAUAGUAAAACUAAUGAAAAUAAAAUAGCAGUAACCGAGUUUGAGUUUGGUGAACCUAAAUUUUCCCUUUCCUAUGACACACUUUUUAAUAGAGUGCAAAAUUUUAGUUAUUCAUUGAAUAAAUUAGAAGGAGGAGUACCUAUGAAACAUUAUGAUGAGGAUCAUAAUAAUGGUAACUUCAGGUUGUUAGGUAUAUAUGGAGCUAAUUCAGCCAACUGGAUAACAGCUGAUUUAGCUUGCAUGCUCAGUGGUGUUACAAGUUUAGUGAUGCACUCCAAAUUUAGUAUUAACGAAGUAGUGGAAAUUCUAAAUGAAUCAAAGCUUUCGUGGUUAUGUAUAGACCUAAAUUUGGUUGAGAGCUUACUAGAACAUAAAGCUGAAUUGCCCCAUGUGAAAAAACUUAUAGUGUUAGAUAGCAUUCCUGAUUCCAGUAAGAUAGAAAAAAGGGUCAGCAGAGUUGAGCUCUCAAAAGGUGGUGCAAGUAGUACAGUAAGUAGCGCAGUUAAAAAUGGCAGUAAGAAUGAAGCAAGUAAAACGAGCAAGGUGGAGAAAGCGGACAAUGGGGGUAAAGCGAAUAAACCGGAUAGGAACAAAAUUGAAAGGGAAAAAGCUGAGCUGUUCGAAAAAGUUAAAAAGAAUGGAAAGGAAAUGGGAGUGGAUAUAUGCGAUUUUGAGUCGAUGACAAAACAAAAUGUGAAGGACUAUACGAUACAACAUGAAGAACCAGAGUUCAUUAGCACAAUAGUGUAUACAUCAGGUACAUCUGGAAAACCAAAAGGAGUUAUGUUAAGUAAUAAGAAUUUAUUUUAUACAGUAGUACCAGCAAGUAGUGUAAGCUUAUUUCAUGCAUUUAAUCCUAAUAUACAUUUUUCUUAUUUACCAUUAUCACAUAUAUAUGAAAGGACCGUAGUAUAUAUUGGUUUAUUUCGUGGAAUGGAAAUAAGGGUGUGGAGUAGAGACUUAAAUUAUUUUGGAAAAGAUUUAAGUGUAUGUGGAGCAAAUAUAGUAGUAGGAGUACCAAAGGUGUUCAAUCGAUUAUAUACUACGAUACAAACAGAGAUAUCAAAUUUACCACCAUUAAAACGUUUUAUUGUAGAAAAAAUAUUAGCACUCCGUCAAUUAGACAAUAAUGGUAAUUUAGGUAAACUCAUAGAAUCAGUUACAAAAGUAUCUAAAAAAAUUAGAAAUAAAAUUAAUCCAGAUUUAGCUUGUAUGUUUAAUGGUGGUGGUAAGAUAUCACCAAAAAUAGAAAAGGAGUUAAGUACUCUAUUAGAUAUAAAAUUUUAUCAAGGAUAUGGAUUAACAGAAACUACUGGACCAUUAUUUGUACAAAAUAAAAAAGAUAAAAAUUUUAAUUCUAUAGGAGGACCUGUGUCUUCACAUACACAAUAUAAAGUGUCUACAUGGGAAACAUACAGUGCAUCAGAUAGUAAACCGAAAGGAGAGUUACUAAUAAAAAGUAAACAAUUAUUUAGUGGUUAUUUCUUAAAAAGGGAACUGACAAAAGAUGCAUUCACAGAAGACAGUUUUUACAAAACAGGGGAUGUAGUUCAAAUAAAUGAUAAUGGAAGUAUUACAUUUUUAGAUAGAUGUAAAGGAUUAGUAAAAUUAUCACAAGGAGAAUAUAUAGAAACAGAUAUGUUAAAUAAUUUGUACUCUGAUAUUACGUUCAUUAAUUAUUGUGUAGUAUAUGGAGAUGAUUCCUUAGAUGGUCCUUUAGCUAUCAUAUCAAUUGAUAAAGAACUAUUAGCAAAAAGUUUAUCUGAAGAUAAUAUUUUCAAAGAGUUAGGUAUUACAGAAAAACAAUUUUUAGAAACCAUUGAUGAUAAUAAGAUUAACACAAAUGUCUAUAUAGAUUAUGUAAAACAAAAAAUGUUGGAUGUAUAUAAAAAGACCAAUCUUAAUAGAUAUAAUAUUAUAAAUGAUGUUUAUCUAACUGUUAAACCUUGGGAUACCAGCAAUUAUUUGACACCAACUUUUAAGUUACGAAGAUUUUUCGUUUUCAAAGAUUAUAAUUUCUUCAUUCAAAAAGUUAAAGAUUUCUACAAGAUGAAGCUCAAGGGGAAGAAGUGA